GUGAAGGUGUACACAGUGAUGUCAUUGGUCUGCGGACAUCUCCGCACUGUCACUUUAAUUUCAGUGCAGUCCAGGGGGGCAGGAUCGUGUGUGUGUGUGUGUGUGUGUGUGUGUGUGUGUGUUUUCCUCCUCUUGUACUGCCCGCAGCAGCAGGCAGAUUGAAUGAAGUGUCUUUGCAGGCUGCUGGCCACACGGAGAGCACCGUGCUGGCCUGUUCAAGAUGCCAGAGAUGUACUGCCAGAAUGCAUCAUUAUGGAUUUGAGCCUCGCCACAUUUCCCCGCUAGCCCCCUUUAAAAAGAAAGAAAGGAAGAAAAAAAAACCAACCAAACAGAGCUGCAGGGCCUUGAGAGAGCAAUCUCCGCCUUGAUGCUCCCUGGACAGCAGCGCAGCGCUCGGGCGACUGGCGGCUCUCUGCACGGAUGAUAAAGAACUUGGGAGAAGGAAAUGGUCAAGAUGGCAGCUGUGUGCGGAAUGAUAAAGCUGAUGUGGUGGCAUUAGGUGUAGUAAUUUUCUGUGUCGUUGGCAUGCACGUCGAGGGAUCGCGGCGCAGGACGGGACGCGGACGCUUGUGAAGGAACGCCGUUUGGAUUCCUCUCAAGACUCACCGCCGACUCUUCCUAUCUGCAGCUCCACGUUUAACAGAAAUUGCAAUGCAUGUUGGCCAGGGUGUGGGCUGUGCACGAGAAAAGGCAAUGUUGUGUUAGUGCUGGCCAGCCCGAUCAGCGCUGUGUGCUGCGGAUAGACGCCUUGCGGGAGGAUAGAAAGACGGACACGUGCUGGGACUGGGCUGCGGGCUGGACAUUUGCAUAUCGUGCAUAGUAAAUAAACUGCCUUUGCGCCCGCACACAACAUUGAUGGAAUGCGACCUGACUGAUUUUAUAACCCUUUGUGCAACGACCGAGACAUUGCGAUUAACAUGGCUGAGGCGCCGCGCAACGGCAACGAGCCACCCUUAAACGUUGAGAUAGAUCCGGAUUUCGAGCCCCAGAAGCGGCCGCGCUCCUGCACUUGGCCGCUUCCCCGUCCCGAGUCUGGUGCGGGCAAGCCCGGGACAAAUGACACUGACGUAAUCCCCGAGGAAGAGGAUGAUGAGGGUGGCAGCACGGGGAGCGGCGAUGCUCAGAAAGCCAGCGGCGGGAUUAUUAAACCCCGGGAGCCGAGCAGCAGCUCCGUCUCCGAGCCCGUGGAGGUCCAGCGCGGCCCCUUCAAGGAGGAGGCCGCCGACGGCUCGCCUUCCUCCGCGCAGACCCCCGCCGCGGCUCUGGGCGGCUCUGCCUCCCAGCAGCUGAGGAAGUCCUCCGCCCGCAGGAACGCCUGGGGCAACUACUCCUAUGCAGACCUCAUUACCCAAGCCAUCGAGAGCUCCCCCGAGAAAAGGCUGACCUUGUCCCAAAUCUACGACUGGAUGGUGAGGUCUGUGCCAUAUUUCAAGGACAAAGGCGACAGCAACAGCUCAGCUGGCUGGAAGAAUUCCAUCCGACACAAUCUGUCCCUACAUAGUCGCUUUGUGAAAGUCCAGAAUGAGGGAACAGGGAAAAGCUCCUGGUGGAUGGUCAACCCGGAAGGUGGAAAAGGAGGCAAAGCUCCUCGACGACGAGCUGUAUCAAUGGAUAACAGCAAGUACAUCAAAGGAGCUCGAGGACGUGCCAACAAGAAGAAGGCCUCGCUGCAGGCAGCUCAAGAUGGCAGCUCAGAGAGCUCCUCCAGCCUCUCCAAAUGGACAGGAAGUCCCACUUCCCGCAGCAGUGACGAGCUGGACGCCUGGACAGACUUCCGCUCCCGGACCAAUUCUAACGCCAGCACACUCAGCGGUCGUCUCUCCCCGAUCCUGGCCAACUUGGAGCUGGAUGAGGUGCCUGAUGAUGACUCGCCCCUCUCCCCGAUGCUGUACUCCAGCCCCAGCAGCAUGUCCCCAUCCACGGGGCCCACAGGACUCUCUGACCUGGCAGGCACCAUGAAUCUCAACGACGGGCUCUCUGACAACCUGAUGGACGAUCUUUUAGACAAUAUCAGCCUCACAGCGUCCCAGCAGCCUCCUCCUGGAGAGGAAGACAAUGGAGGCAAUGGUCAGGGGACCUCAGUGUUUACCUUCAGCUGCUCAGGAAGCACUCUGGGUAGCCCCUCUGGCAGCUACGGGCCUAACCCUCUUUUUAGCUCUCCGUCCAUCACAAGCCUGCGGCAGUCACCCAUGCAGACCAUCCAGGAGAACAAGCAGACCACCUUCUCCUGCAUCUCGCACUUCAGCGACCACCAGACCCUGCAGGAUAUGCUCAGCCUCGACUCCCACAGCCACAGCAACGUCAUGCUCACCCAGUCUGACCCGCUGAUGUCGCAGGCCAGCACCGCCAUUGCCCUGCAGAACUCCCGCCGAAACGCCAUGCUGCUCCGCAAAGACCACAUGUUGGUAAACCCCACCAGCACCGGUCAAGCCCAAAGCUCUUCAGUGCCUGGUUGGCAAGCUGGCUUGUCAGCCUCUGACAAUGACGCUGGCCACAACGACAUCAAGCAGCCGCACAUGAAGUCUCCCAGCAAGAACACCUCUAUGCAGCUUGGCUCUGGUUUGUCCAGCCAGGACCGCUUUCCAGCCGAUCUGGACCUUGACGUGUUCAACGGUAGUCUUGAGUGUGACAUGGACUCCAUCAUCUGCAAUGAACUGAUGGACGCAGACUGCCUGGACCUCAGCUUCGACUCUCGUCUCACCUCCGCUCAGAACAGCAACAGGAAUUCAGGAAGCUUCUCCAGCUCAAAACAAACCUCGCCUCACAGCUGGGUCCCGAGCUGAGAAGGUCCGUCACAGCUCUCGUGGGUAAAAAUAAAUAAAUAAAUAAAUAAAAAAAAGAAGUGGGGAAAAUGUAAAUUGGCAUUCAUUGUCCUACGUUGUGCAACUAGAGGGAGGAAAGUCUGUAAAAGUGUAAUCAUGUAGUAUUUUUUCCAUUAUUUUUAAUGUGAGGCAUUGAGUUCGGUACUGUAUUCCAAGUGUCUGAGACACACGACGGUGUGUUCACAGAGGAGAUAAAAACGUCUUUAAAAAGAUCAAUGCCUGGGCGGUGUGAACAACAACGUUGACUGCGAUGGAAGUACAGGACAUUUUGUUAAAACUAUAUGAAAAACAUCAACUUGUGUUAGUCUCAGGGAAUCACUCACACAGUAUCACAAAGUGAUACAUGAAACUGAAGAUGAAUUGUGUCCUCACACCCUGCUUUUCUCUCCUCUUUCACACCCUUUCAUACCUAAACCAACAUUUUUGCCAAACCAGCUGUCAGCCCGUUGUGAGUGACAGCCUGUUUACCGAAAAAGCUGCAGAGAAUGUUACAUUAUUACGUUCCAGUGGAGGAUACUUGACAAGCAUUUUUAUUUUUAAAGUUUCUUCGAGAGACGUAGCCCAAGUGGACUAAAAGUGUUAAUGAAAAGCUUUUUUUUAUUUCUCUCCCCAUUGAUGCACCGAGUCACGCACCAAAUAUCAAUCUGUAGAGCUUAAUAUGUUGUCAAGAUGUGAACUGAUCUACAUUGUGUGGGAUUUUUUUUUAUAUGUAAUGUUUUAAUUUUUAUUUAGCGAAUUUUACCCUGUGGUUUUAGUGACAUUACUGUGAAUUGUGUUCCUUCUGGGGAGGUGUGUUACUGAAGUCUUGAUAUGGUGUUUCUGCUGCGGAUCCCUUUUCACCUUCGCCCCCUCCUCCUCUUCCUCUUCCUCUUCUUCCUCCCCCACUUACUGCAAUAUUGGAAGUACAGCUCAGUAUACAGAGUUUAGGACAGAAUUAAGGACCACGUUUAGCUUCAGAGUUGACACCAUUUACAUUUGCAAACACUUAGGAUCAAAAUAAUCACCCGUAGAGAUUCCACAGCACUCAACUACAAUAAUUUGGUGUUUGUUAAUUUGAAGGAGUUCUUGGUGCUAUAAAUAAGGAGAUAGCAGGGCGUGGCUGCAGAUGGAGCAGCGUAAGUAGCCUCCCCUUUGUUAUCAGCACCAAAGCAGGUGCUGAGCAAAACGGUGUUUCCAACCAUGUGAGAAGAGGUCGUGUAGUAUUUUAGAGCCAUUUUUGCCAUUUGAGAAAGAAGCAACCACAGUAUUUUAAAUAUUGCCAAAUUAUUUCUGCAUUUAAGCAAGUGGAAAUAAGACUGUAUAUAAAGAUUAGGAACCAGUGCUAUAAGGGCAAAAAAAAAAAAAUAAAAAAAUGACAGCACAGUUUUUGUAGGAACAGCAGGAUGAACUUUUUUAGCUCACAUUUUUAUCAGCUGGAAAACUUUCACCAAAUUUGUCCUUUUGUGAAAUUAAAAUUUUAUUUAUUUUCUUCUCCUCAUGUAGAUAUUUUAUGUGUUUCCAUAUGCAUAUGGUGGAGUUGUGCUCUGUAAAAGCACUUUUCUUUUAAUGGUCUGUUCAACUUUUUAACCACCUUCAUAGGUUAUCAAUCAACUGACGACUUAACGUCCUCCAUUAGAGUUACUUAAUUAAAUUAAAUUAAAUUUAACAUAUCGUGAUUCCCAUCAGCUUAAAUUUUGAUUUUAGAAAAAUUUAAGUUAUGCACAACUGUGCUUCCAAAUGUCAUUUUUGUAGCUUCUCGAGAAUGAUUUGAUCGAAAACAUACAAGAUACUGAUUUUUUUUUUUUUUUGACACUCACUGCCAAUAUUCAAACACCAUUUCUUCCUAUUGCUCCUACAAAAAAAUGAGGGGGAAAAAAAGAGAGAAACAUCAAGUUGACAUUGCCAGUUGCAAUUCCAAUUCCUAUCUUGGUUGUAUCAGAGAUGGUGCAUGUAAAUAAAGCUUAAAGAACCACUGAAAAUCUGGAGCCCUUUGAUAUUCCUUUUUCUUAUUUCUGUCUCUAGAGGAAUUGCACAGCUGCAGACUUGACUCUGCAGUCACCGUGGAGGUGAUUUCCUAUUGGAUAAUCACAUCAUGAGCUAAGAACCA